GAAAUUAGGGUUUUUAGUAGUAAAGCGCCUCAGUUUUGGUCAUCGUCUCCGAAUCUAGCUAGUGUUUUGAAGAACAACACUGCACAGCUCUGAGAGAAGAUGGGUCACUCGAACAUCUGGAACUCGCAUCCCAAGACCUAUGGCCCUGGAUCGCGUACUUGCCGCGUCUGCGGGAACCCUCAUGGGUUGAUCAGGAAGUAUGGUCUCAUGUGUUGCAGGCAGUGCUUCCGCAGCAACGCCAAGGAAAUCGGUUUCAUCAAGUAUCGCUAAGUGGUUGAAGUGAAGCACAAAUGGAGCUGCACUGGAGAACUUUUUUCAUAUCAUAAGAUUUUGUUAUUUCCACUGCCUAGUAUCUGGACCUUAUCUUUUGUUGAAUGUUAUGGAUUCUACGACGUUGUUUUGGUAUUUUAGUACUAUUUGAUGGCUGUGGUUACUUAUCCCGACACUAGUUAAAUGUAUCAUCUAUUUGGUUUGUUGUGUUUGUUA